GAGGAGUUGGAAGUUGAUCAAAUUUUCCAGAAAACUCAUGUACUCAUCAUGCACAUCGUAACCGAAACAGCCCUCUCUCUCUCUCUCUGUCUCUCUCUCUCUGCACAAAGCAGAACCGAGCAGAGUCAACAACCGCAACCAAGGAUCAAGGUUGUUCCAAUUUCUCAUCCGCAACCCAACGCCUACCCCCAGAAGAAGAAGGAGAAACAAUGCAAAAUCCAUCGUUUCUUCCACCACAGCUACGUUUCCUGAACGCCACCAUAACCGCAACCAGCAGUCCCAAAGACCCCAAAACCACACUCUAUAUCAUCAUAGCCGCCUCCCUCUUUUCCAUCGUCUUCUUCAUCUCUAUUUCCUCCUCCUCCUUCUCCUCCACCACCACCUCCCAAAGCGGACUGGACCCCUUUCUCUUUCCGAAUCGCCAAACCCACCGCGUCCUCUUCCCCGACACUGACCCCUCCUCUGAUCCCACCCCUCCCUCUAUCGCCUACCUCAUCUCCGGCUCCGCCGGCGAUUGCGGUAGAAUCAUCCGCCUCCUUCUUGCGGCCUACCACCCCAGGAAUCACUACCUACUCCACCUUGACCUCUCGGCUCCCCAGUCCGAACGUGAUGCUCUGGCCCUCAUCGUACGAUCCUUGCCCAUUUUCAAAGCUGCCCAGAACGUCAAUGUGAUCGGCAAGGCCGACUUCGCGUACCCGAAAGGCUCCUCUACGAUCCCAUUCACUCUUCACGGCGCCUCCAUACUGCUCCGACUGUCGGCGGAUUGGGAUUGGUUUGUCAGUCUCAAUGCCGCUGAUUACCCACUUGUCACACAAGAUGGUACAGUGUGGUUGGAAGUUUUGGCGGCAUUGUGCCUCGAUCUUCUUCACAUUUUGUCAUUUCUGCCUAAAGAUUUGAACUUUUUGAAUCAUUCAAGUUACAUUGGCUGGAGAGAAUCAAGGAAGUUGAGACCAAUAAUUGUUUAUCCAGGCCUUUAUCUUUCGAAGAAAACUGGGAUGUUUUAUGCUACUCAGAAGAGGGAGUUGCCAAAUGCCUUCCAGUUGUUUACAGGUUCAUCCUUCUCCAUUUUAAACCGUUACUUUAUUGAGUUCUGCAUCCUGGGUACAGAUAACCUACCAAGGACUCUGCUGAUGUACUUUGCAAACACUCCAUCAUCCCUUUCCAAUUAUUUUGCUACCGUUCUAUGUAAUUCUCUUCAGUUCAAGAGAGCAGUCAUAAACCACAACUUACUGUAUGUCACCUUUGAUAAGCACUCUAAUAGCGAGCCCCACCUACUCAGUUCCAGUGACUAUGAGGCAAUGAUUAAAAGUGGAGCAGCCUUUGCGAGGCGAUUCCAGGUAGAUGAUCCAGUGCUCAACCGCAUUGACCAAGAGAUCUUGGGGCGCAGUGCUGGAAAAGUAGUCCCUAGUGGCUGGUGCUUAGGUGAGUCUGGAAAUCACAAGUGUUCAGUUUGGGGAGAUGCCAAUGUUCUGAGACCUGGUCCGGGAGCAAGAAGACUGGAAAAACGAAUUGUUGAAUUGCUCUCAAAUGGUACAUUUCAAUCUCAUCAAUGUAUAGUUGAAUGAUCUAGUCUUGGUUCCUACUAGAAGAAACCGUAACGCACCACAGAUAGGUACGUAUCUCGAAAGAAUGACCAGUUCUGAUUUUUAGGACAGAUUUAGUUCAAUCCAUUCGUUUUAGCAAAAUUGAGUUUCUAGUUCGUUCAAGAUGAGAAAGUUGUAAAGCGUGCCGAACUAAUGAUCUUGAAUUUGGAGUUGACCUAAAAGACUAUUUGCAAAAGAAA